AGCACACAGGUAUGUCCUACACACAGGUAAUAUACCUCUAUAGUAUACAUCUAUAGUAUACCUACCGGCUUACUGUUACCAGUAUACGUAAGCGUGGUAGGACGUCUCGUACACCUCGACUGACGGAUGUGUAGUGUAAGUCUAACGAGGAUAUGUAUACGUACCUAAUAGGUAACAGCAAAUGACAAGAGGACAAUUUCUACCUAACUAAGACCUCCCCCUUAUCAUCAUGACGACAGUAGACGGGGUUUAUACCCCCAGCCCCACUCCAAAACCCCACCCCCGGGUCAAACCAGAGGCAGAGGAAUACGCCAACAGAAAUCGUGGAGGUAUGGACAAAUGGUUUGACCAUUCACAGAAUACGAGCUACGAAUCACCAAGGCCCAUGGAACGGCUACGCUCGGACGACGCCCGACGGAACGCCACCACAAAUAAGGGUUGUAUGGGCGAACUCCUCGGGGGAUACGCCGACCCCCCAAUGGAAAGAAAGGUUCACCCCCGAGGUGUAACGGGUGACUCAGCGGAAACCGCCCAAAAUAACAGGGGAGGUGCCAUGAGAAACUUAAUAGAAAACUAUGGUAAUUUAGAAGUUGAUUCUAAACCACCUCCAAAGGUCAAAGGUGAUUACGCAGAGGAAUAUGCUGAACGGAAUCACAACGGUAAAAUGGAGACUUUAAUAAACCAUUAUGGCACCCUCACACCGGACCAACAACCUGCCCCCAGAGUGUCGUAUGGUGGGGAAGAGGUGGCAGAGAAAUACAAGGGAGCGGGGAUGGGGCCCCUCCUCAGACAAGAGGAGGAACCUUACUACCAGGAGCCCAAAGUCAGUCGCCUUCACCAGGCUUCAGACGGACCGGGGUGGGACGAGAAUCCUCCAGCGUAUCGCACGAGACCGGAAGCGGAAGGGAUAGCAGAGAAAAAUUCCGAAACAAAAAGCGACAAGUUGAUGCGAGGGGAAGUCCUUCCCCCGACUGUGAGGACCCCAAAACUGCCUCUACAAAUGCAGGAGUCUGAAACAUCAAAACCUGUGACAUCUCCACUCAGGACCAGGCCGGAAGGAGUGACCAACUUCCAACGAAACCAGAACGGUUCCGAGAUGGCGGCUAUAAUGAGAGGAGAAAACACAAAUUCUUCAGCUCCCAAGAAGAUGAAUAGAAAUCUGGUUCGGUCAGAGAAUUGGUGAAACUUUCUCUAGUCAUUGUCACAAUGAAAUUGGACGUUCGUUACCUUAAAGUAAGGAUGGAGUAACCUACCCCUGUAUGGUCCACCAGGUGUCGCUAGUAAAAUCAACUACGCAACGACAUCUAGUGGCAUGCAACUUCAUUCUAACGUUAUGUAAAACAUUGAGCAUGUCGGUAUGACAGAUUAUUCAAAUUCAAAACUUGUGAAUUGUUGUGAGUAAUUAAAACAUGUACAUUAAAAACAAUUUACAAGAUUGAAAUAAAUUAUGAUGGAUAUAAUUUCCAACUUUUAAAAAUCAGGCAUGACCUUUAUUGAUGAUAACUUAUCACUAUUUUAUUUCACAAUUCCUUUUUAGCAAGACUAUAUGAUAUCAAAUUUAUUCUAUGCAAAAGUUCUGUCCAAUUUUUGAAAAAUAAAACAAAAUAAAUUUGUCAUAUUUAUUUUUAUACUUUGACCAUGGUUUACCAAUAGAAGUAAUUAGUGUUUUAUAUACUGUUUAAAAUAAUUUAGACUUUUUAAUGUCAUACAACUGUCUUUAUGCCUGAGUAAAUAUCAUGUUAUAAUGAAAUGAUAUGUUGCCCUCCAACCCUGUUCUCUUUAGGACACGUGUCUGCUGUAAAGUUAUUUUUGACUUUUUUAACCCAUGGCGUUAGGUAAAGCUAUGGGGUGAUUGAAUCACCUGGCAGCCGUUUCCUGUUAUAUGUUAGUGUUCAAUGACUUACAUAUCAGCUAGUGUGUGUGUAUGUAUACAUUAAUGUCCAAACGGUCACCAGGCAACAAUCUGAUGUUUGUUUUGUUAUACAUUAUGUAUAAGUACUUGACAACCAUUUAUAUUUGAUUUAUCAAACCACCUUAUAGAUAUUUUUAUAUUAAACCUAAUUUGGUUGUCAUGAAUUUCAUUUGAGUAAUUGUUAUGCAUGUAAGAUUUGUUUUUGUUUCUUUUAAAUAUCUGAGUCUGUUUUUGUGUACACAUUACAAAUGGUUUGGAGUUGUUAUCCCCUUAACACUUUAUAAAUUUAAUUUAUACAUUUAAGAUCUGAUGAUUUUUACAAGAAUAGAUAGGGGGAGUUAGUGAACAAAUAUUGUGCUUAAUGUGAUGUGAGUGUUUGCCCUAUAACCAAUGAUGAACACUGCCUAUUACAAUGUGCUUGCAGCAACUCAUUAAAUAUCCCUCAUCAAUUAAACAUAAGAAUGAAAUUCUCCAAACUAAAUAGCUGAAUCAUAUGUUAAUUGUUUUGAGUGAUAAUUCGAUUAACGCGUUUUGUUUUAAAUAAAUCAACAAUAAAAUGACAAGUGUGUUAGUAUGAUCUGUUGGGUGAGGCCACAGGGGCAUGUAGUGUUCUAAUGACUAAAUAGAAGAUGACAAGUCCCUGUGAUUGAGGUCGCUGUACCUAGUUGUGUUGACUAUUAUGUGUUCAUAGUACUUAUAAAUACUCUGUAAAUCAACGUUGUUAGAUUUUGUUUUGUUUUGUAAAAUAUUUUAGGUUAAUGAUUAAUGCAGGUUGUUUUUUUGUAGUUACAUAAGGAUUUUCUGGACUCAUUUUUCACAGCUUUAUAUCUUUCUAAAAUAAAAUUAUUAAAAUAUGACAAGAUUUCUUUCCUGAUUUAUGGUUUAUAAUUUUAAGUGAAAUUUGAUAUUUCAUUCAUUUAUAGUCUUUUUCACAAAACCGCUUGAUGCUUCCAUUAUCUAUUCCACAGAAAAAGCGUUAUGCCAAUCGGGAACCGUCGGCACUUUCCGUAAACUCGUUUACGGAAAGUGCCGACGGUUCCCGAUUGAGCUUUAUGCUUCACUUCUAUAGUCUGUUUCAUAAAAUGUUAUGAAUUGUCUGCUGUGAUAUUUAGAAGUAGUGAAAAGUAAAAUUGUAACCACCAUAUACAAGUAUUGCUGGAACAGUACAGUGUAUGAAACAGACUAUAACUAAACAGAAGGUGCUAAAACUAACCCACCUUACUUAAUGGUAUUAUAUUUUUGAGAUUUUAUUAAAGUUAUUUAUCAAGCUCUCCUUACUUUGUAAAUCUGUAAUAAACGUAAGGCUAUAUUGAUGAGUAACUGUGAUUCUGAUUUUAAUGUUGCAUGACUUGAAAAUGUACACGUGCUGCAAGCCCUGUAUCAUAGAGUAUACGUCACUAUGAACUAGUGGGCGACGCACUGUUUCACCAGUAAUAAGUGUUAGGGCCAGAUGAAGGAUUAGAAGAAUCAGUUUCUAAACGCAUAAACAUCUAUUAUUUGUAGAAAAUCCUUAACAUGUGCCUAUCACUCGUAAAGUGUAUUUUAUAUCAGGUGCAUUUAUUAUGCAAAGUAAUUUUGAAAAAUACAGUUAUGAAGAAUAUAACAGAUAUAUCAGAUUUCACAAAUAACCCUGUACGUGUAUUUAGGCUAGUGUCACUAUGUUAAAAUAUGUCUAUACAAUACAAUGUACAUAAAUACAACUGAACAUGUUUCUGUAACGUCAGUGUAUGCUGUAACUGAAGGCCGUGGGCCAACCAAUGUAAUAAAAAUCAACUUCAGA